UUUUCAAUCCUCAGCCUUCCCUCUGCCAGACCUCUGCCCAGCAUGCGAAUGCUCGACGAGGACGCCGACUCGAACGAUGUGGCUGUCUCGGCCUCGGAUCAGGAAGCCAUCAACGCUUUCUCACGAUUCAACAGCCGCAUCUCCGAGGCUGAAGACGAGCUGAAAGCCAAAAAGGAGGAGAAGGAGGCGACCGAUGAGGUGGUGAUGGAGCUGGAGCUAGUCGAUGAGGAGGAGCAGGUGCCCUACAAGAUGGGCGACUCUUUCAUCCACAUCCUUCAACCUCAAGCACUCGAAUUCCUCGAGAGAGAUUCGAAGCGACUGGAUACAGAUAUUGAGGAAUUGAAGAAGACGGUCGAUGAGUGUGAGGAGGGGAUGGAGAAGUUGAAGGUGGUCCUCUAUGGCAAGUUCGGGAACAAUAUCAAUUUGGAGAGAGGCGACUGACAAGGAGAUGAUGUACAAUAGAAUGAGAAACAGUCAGCCAAUAGGACUGAAAACAAGGCUUGGUCAUUGCGGCUAUCUGGACCAGACCUUCCACCAGCUCCUACCCUCUUUCUUCCCAUUCUCCGCACCUUCCGUCACCCCAGCGAGAGCUCCCUGCGCCUUCUGUCUGAGCUCCUUGAUCUUGUCCUCCAUCUCUCCCCUCUGUUGCUCCUCGACGACCUUCUGUUCCUCCCCAUCAAGGUAGGUCCAGAGCAAGUGGAGCGCAAAGUACGCACCUGACCCGUAGGCGAUGCAGCGCAGGAAAGGCGGGUAAAUCUCGCGAUAGAAGAGACUGUGGCGUGAUGGCGGACCACUUCGGCGAGGAUGGCGUUCGAAGAAGUCUGAUUGGGAUGAGGACGUGGAGGGCUUGCCUGAGGUUGACGGGGAGUUGGGCGGGCUAGACGUGGAGUUGAAGCGCAG